UUGCCUGUUGACUCGCUCUCCAUUAUAUAUAUACCUCCAUACCAAAAAAAGAAAGUAAGAAAAUGUCUUCUCUUAAAGUUGCAGAGAUCCGUCACGCCUUUUGCCGUGCGUUCGUUCAGAACAUGACUGGCUUCAACUUGACGGAGGUGGAUGGGGAUCUAUUCUCGGCUCCGAAGACUCACUCGCUGGCUCAUUGCGUGGGCGCUGAUCUGGCCAUGGGUGCGGGCAUAGCUGUGAAGUUCAAGGAGAUCUACGGGCACCUGGAUGAGCUGCACGCCCAGAAGGCGCGCAGCGGCGAGCUGGCUGUGCUGAAGGAUGACGAGCGUUACAUCUACUAUUUGGUGACCAAGUCGCAGAGCUGGUCGUUGCCCUCAUACGAGUCGUUGCAGUCGUCGUUGGAGAAGAUGCGUGAUCACAUGGUCAAGAAUAACGUUCAUAAGCUGGCCAUACCGCGCAUAGGCUGCGGCAUUGAUGGCCUGCAGUGGGACAAAGUUACGGCCAUACUCAAUGAUGUCUUUCAGCGCGAGGAUGUGGACAUUACGGUUUACAACUUUGUGCCGCCCCAGGAGACUCAAUAAUUUAAUGAAUUCUUAAUUUUAUUGUUCACAAACAGUUCCUCUAUUUAUUU